AUGAGAUUCCUCCAUCCAUGGCCAGUACUAUUAUCGCUGCUUCUUCUUUGUUUGGAUAACAAUCAUCACACUCAAGGGCAACCGUCUGAUGAUGCCGGUCUACUGGGUCCCGAUUUUGCACUGCCAUUGGGAAAUGGCGUGAUAUUGACAACCAGUUUGGCCGAGUCCAUCGACAGCUGCCAAAUGCCUUAUCGGGUCCUGCGAAUUUGUCUGCGCUCGGAAUGUCGCGACUUUGCCAAUGUCUGUCCUACCAACGCCACCACAACUGGUUCGCAGCAAAACACGGGGCUCUUGACUUGCGCGGGUAUUGCCGAAACCAUUUGUACGACUUAUGAGAAUUGCUGCAUGACCUAUUGUGCCUUGGAAUUGCAGACCUUGGCCAUUUGUGUGGGAGAAAAUAGUAAUAAUGGAAACAACAACGACGACCCCAAGGGACUGGCUUGUCAAGAACCCUCCUGCAAUGAUAUCAUCCAAAAUGCUACUACAACAGAAGCACCCGCUACAAAUCCUGAUACUAGUAUCAUUCAAAACACCACCAUGACAACAGAAGCACCCAUCACAAAUACCAACUUGAGAGAAUGUGAAUUAGUGGACGAGGGUGAUAUUGGACCACAUCAGUACUUUUGCCAACAUUUUUCCAAUUUGACAUCCAACAAUGAUCCAACCAACACCAAAUUCUUGGAAGCCGCCAUCGUUUGUACUCUUCCCACUAGUAGUGUUGGUUCUUUUGACCACAAGAAUGAUUGUCAAUGUCUAGGAGCAACGGUCUUUGGAGACAUUAUUCAAGCAUGCGACUGUCAAGUCUGUGACAGUAGUACCUCGGACGACUUUGUGGUGGCGCUGGAUUGCAGCAACAAUACACAAGAUCCUUUUGUCAUUGACGACUGUGUCGGGCAAACAUGUCAGGGCGAAUGUAUUCGGAUGUCAGAUGUGCCAUCCGUAACGCCCACAGCCGCAGCUUCUUCUGCAGAGCCAUCCCAAACAACGAUAACAGUGCCACCUACCGUGAACCCCACCUCGCCAAUGCCGUCCACCGCCCCCUCGAUUCAGGCCACAACAGCUGCACCAACUAUUGUCACAGAGUUGCCUACUAUUGGCAGCACAGGAUCGCCUACUUCUGGCGCAACGAUUGUGGCUCCCCCGCAAUCCUCGUCGAUUAUAGUCCUCACAAACCAUCCAUCCAGUCGGCCCAGUGCUAUACCCAGUACUGUGCUCACCACGAAUCAGCCAUCCAUAGCCCCUUCCGUGGCUCCAACGACCGUGGGUCCAUCCACCCUACGACCAACGGCAGUACCUACGGUGGCUCCAUCCACAAUGCCGCCCACGACAAGCCCGCAAACUGUGCUGCCGACCAUGACACCACCGCCACCCACAUUGAGUCCCAUUCGACAACACUCUGUCUUGGUAUCCUUAGUGGGGGCUCUCCUUACUACUAUUGGAUUGAUUAUCGUGUUGGUCGUCACCAAAAAGGGUGACUUUAGUGAACUCACACGAGUCGAACGUCGCCCCGGCAGUAGUAGCAGUAACAUGCCAGGUCCCCCUGUGGUUGCAACUCCAACCAGCGAGGUUAUUUCGCCAAGAAGCGUCCCAACAACGCCACCCAGCACUCCUGCCAGUGCGGAAAGCCAUGCUUUGCUACAAAGCGAUGCGCAUGACAAGGGGCUAGUGUGA